GGCAAUUGAAUCUUUUUUUUCCUGCUGUUUUCAGUUAGCAGUUUCCCUACUCAUAUGGACACUUCAUUCUCACGUUUCUUUAUCGACUUGACAUCUUUCUUGUUUUGCAUAUAUGUGAUUAUCGGCCUUUUCUUUGCAAUGUUCCAUGACAAAAAGGUUGAUAGUAGUGUAAAAAGGAGUCAUUACUACAGUAAAGUAUGUAACAACGAUGUUGAAGCAUCUUUAUAGCACUGUACAAAACUCUGUAUCGAAGAACAUCAACAAAAAGAUGAGCAGAAAUACGAAGCCAGAUCUUGUUUGUACAUAAAACAUUGAAUUCUUUCUUCUUGUUUCACAUCUUAAAGCUCAUGUCUAUGCCACAUGCAUUAAUAAGAGAGUCCUGGACAGAACACAAUGUUGAGUGUAUGGCAGUCCAUUCACGUGGGUAAGAGCUGGUAGUUGUAGUUCCCAGGCACGAUCACAACAGAGAAAACCGCCAAUAGUGUCUUCUCUAGCAUUCUUUUAGCAGUCAGCAUUAUUCAUGUUACCCUUCAAUUACAAACAAGACAUAUGUAGUCUGUAAAUUAAACUACUUUCCUUCAAAUUCUCCAUACAAUAAGAAUGUGUGUCUUAGUUUUCAUGCGUAGCCAGGCACUUGCUGAAGCCACAGUGAAGGGCAAUGAUAUGGUGUCUGUGUAGUAGCAAACAUGUGUAUCCUGAAAGAAAGAUACUACUUUUUGC